GCUUAUCCGAGAAGCAGAUAUUGCCGACCUAGCAAGGCGUCUCCUUAAUGAUAGCAAUCGCGACGGCCAGUAACAGAUAUCACGAUACAUCACAGGAUUGCCGACGGCGGCUUCUGGAAACGCAUCGGAACGGGAGCUAACACAUGCGACACACGACUAACCCAAACGAUAAGCAUCCGUCGGUCAGGGUUGGAGGAUCAAAGGUCCGCCCCCACCUUACAACUGCUGCCCCACCACUUGAGCCCUGCGUCACGAUCCAACAUAAGCGGGGGUAGCUGUUUACUUUCCCAAACACUGCUUCAAGCUUGCCCUGCAUUCCCCUUCACUGCUUCCUGCCAUCGUACCUCCUCUCCAACUUCAAUACUACCAAUUACCCAGGUCUCAAACAUCAGCAUGGGCAAGAAGAAGGUUCUUGUGAGCUAUGGUGUUGACAUUGAUGCUGUCGCAGGCUGGCUUGGUUCCUACGGAGGCGAGGACUCUACGAGUGAUAUCAGUAGAGGUCUCUGGGCAGGAACAGUAGGCACACAACGCCUGCUGAAGCUGUUCGAAAAAUACAAAAUUAAAGCAACAUGGUUCAUACCGGGUCACACCCUCGACACAUUCCCUGAAGAUUGUGCCGCUGUCCGUGAUGCAGGGCACGAGAUUGGUUUACAUGGCUACUCGCACGAGAAUCCCGCGGAUAUGACUUUCGAGCAACAACGCGAUGUUCUCGACAAGACCUACAAACAGCUCACAGAGUUCUGCGGCAAGCCUCCUCGGGGCUCGGUAGCGCCAUGGUGGGAAACUUCAGUCGAAGGCACAGAUCUACUGCUCUCCUACGGCAUCGAGUAUGAUCACAGCAUGUCACACGAAGAUCACAGGUGCUACUGGCUACGCACAGGCGACGAGUGGACGAAGAUCGACUACUCGAAGAACGCGGUUGACUGGAUGAAACCGCUCACAAAAGGCAAGGAGACGGGUCUCGUGGAGAUCCCAGGAUCAUGGUACAUCGACGAUCUCCCACCAAUGAUGUUCAUGAAGAAGAGCGCAAACUCACACGGCUGGGUGAAUCCUCGAGACGUCGAGCAGAUCUGGAUGGAUCAUUUCGACUACUUCUACAGGGAGUACGAUGAGUUUGUCUUCCCAAUGACAAUCCAUCCGGAUGUCAGUGGGCGACCGCAUGUUGUGCUUAUGCACGAGCGGAUCAUCGAGCACAUCAACAAGCAUGAGGGUGUCGAGUGGGUGACGAUGGAGCAAAUGGCGGAUGACUUCAAGAAAAACAAUCCAGUACCUGAAGGCGCGAAGGUGCCCGCGCCGCCUGGGGAGAUUUUGAGGCAGCAGAAGGACGGCAAGGCGUACUCGUUGAUUGACUACAACGGCCCGACAGAGUUCAAGUAGCUUUGUUUUCGAU